AUGGCUGUGAACCGGCGGCAAAGGGCUGAGGCGCGCGACGCGACACACAAAAACGGAGUCGUCUGGUGCUCCGGCGCAGAGUGCGCGUGUGUGCCACACGUCCCGCUGCCGGGCCUCGAGCCCGCUCAUGCCGUCACGCCGCCUCGCCGCCACGCAUCGUCGUACGCUCUCCUGCAUGCUAAACGGAAACCUCAGCGAAAACCCAUCGAUAUGAUAAUUACUUUACAAUACCCGUGUAUUUUGCCAAAUGUAAUGAAG